AUGACUAAACUUUACGAACGUAUCAAGAAAAUAAUGAUCAAUGGUAUCAAUAUAUGUGAUCGUCAUUACGAGUUUUUGGCAUUUUCCAGUUCUCAAUUACGUGAACAUUCAUGUUGGAUGUUCGCAUCGUUGAAUACUGAUCUAUCUGCAAAUCAAAUUCGUGAAUGGAUGGGUGACUUUAGCAAUAUUCGACCGGUAUCUAAGAUGGCAGCUCGUUUAGGUCAAUCAUUUUCGACAACUAUUAAAGGCAUCGAACUGAAAAGUCGAGAAUACAUAGAAGUAUCUGAUGUGAUUCGAGGAAAUCAUAAUUUUACAGACGGUAUUGGUAUUAUUGCACCAGAGCUUGCUCAUAAGUUAGCAAAACAGGCAAAACAUAAUGAGAAAGCUUUGCUUCCAAGUGCAUUUCAAAUACGUUUUAGUGGUUACAAAGGAAUGGUUUGUUUGGACGUUGCUAAUAAAAUUAUCAAUCCUACCAUUGGAAUUUAUUUUCGAAAAUCAAUGAAUAAAUUUCUAUCGAAAAAUCUUUCUAUCGAUGUCGUUCGUAUGUCAUCGAUGCCGAUAAGUACUUCACUCAAUCGACAAAUCAUUCUUCUAUUAUCAUCGCUCGGUAUUGAAGAUAAGAUAUUUCUUUUGAUGCAAAAAAAGAUGCUCAAUCAAAUUGAAAGUCUUACUGGAUCACCAGAGAAAGCUUCUAAUGCCUUAAGAGAAUUAAAUGAAUUCGGUGGUAAUGGAUGGAAUAGAUUUCUAAUAGAAUAUCUUAACAAUUUUGACAUUUAUAAAGAACCAUUUGUUCGGCAGAUGCUUCUCAAUUAUCAAGCAUUUCUUGUCAAAGAAUUAAGAACUAAAUCAAGAAUUUCUAUCAAACAGUCUUGGAAUCUUCUUGGUGUCAUUGAUGAAACGAGAAUACUUCGAUACGGUCAAGUUUUCAUUCAAAUUAAUAAGAAUGAUCAACAAAUUGAAUCAACUGAAAUAUUACAAGGACCUGUAAUUGUAACACGGAAUCCUUGUUUUCAUCCGGGUGAUAUUCGUCGUUUAGAAGCUGUUGAUAUACCUGCUUUACAUGGAUUAAUGAAUGUAAUAGUCUUUCCUAUUGAUGGACCUCGUCCUCAUCCUGAAGAAAUGUCCGGGGGAGAUCUUGAUGGAGAUACAUUCUGGAUAUGUAAUGAUCCUCAAUUGAUAUUUCACACAAAUGAAGAGCCAUUUGACUAUCAUGAUCAAGCAGUUGAAGCAGAAAAAGAAGCUCAAAUGAAUAUGGAUAAGCAAUUAACUAUUAAUGAUAUUUGUAAUUUUUUUGUUGAAUAUAUCGAAGCCGAUAAUCUUGGUAUCAUUGCCAAUACGCAUAUGGCUUUUGCAGAUCAAUUAAUAGAUGGAUGCAAAGCUGAACCAUGUCUGAAACUCGCCCGCAUGCACAGUGUGGCAGUCGAUUUUGCAAAAAAUGGUGUAAGUGCACCUCGUCUUACACCUGAUCUUCGUCCAAAAUGUUAUCCACAUUAUAUGGAAAAGAUUGAUAAACUUCAAUAUCAUUCUAAAACUGUUCUUGGACAAUUAUAUGAUCAAGUUGAAUCAUAUAAAAUUGAUUUGAAUAAUGAUCUAGAAAAACAGAUUAAUGAAACAUCAUCAUUUCCCUAUGUAAAACUAAUUAUUGAUGGAAAUAAUCAUUAUAUGAAAGAAGCUAGUAUAACAAAAAAUGCUUAUGAUCGAGAAUUAAAACGUAUUAUGAGACAAUAUGGAAUAAAAAGUGAAGCUGAAGUUUUGUCUGGUUAUAUUCUGAAAUUUACUACAAAACAAUAUGCUAAACAAGCAAAAUUAUUUGAAUUAAGAAAUGAAAUAAAUCAUGCAGUCAAAGCAAUUCGAGAAAAAUAUUUACGUUUAUUCUGGGAACAAUUCUAUCAAAUUACAAAGAAAGAAGAAAAUACAGAUCAAGAAAAUAAAAUCGUUAUCUGGAAAGAAAUAGCAAAAUAUUUAACAUGGAAAAAUCAACUUACUUCACUCGAAUAUUACAGAUCCGACCUCAAUCGAAAUGAAAUAUACAAAAAAGCGUCAGCCUGGUUUCUUGUCACCUAUAAAUCAUGGAUUCAAUUAAUCAAAUAUAAUAGACAAAAAGAUAAAAAAAUAAAGAAUACUGACAACAAUCAACAACACUUUCGAGGAUUAUUCAGCUUUGCCUGGCUUGUCUAUCCAAUCAUAUUUCAAAUUUUUGAUCAACAAAAGAAUUUAGUAAAAGAAUCCGAUGGAAAAAAGUUGAAGAACAAGAAACAACCAACAAAAUGA